AUGGACGAGGACGGCUACAGGACGGCCAUAAGACGGUCCGAAGCUCGGGGACGAUCAAAAAGUUUAAUAACCGUCUUAUAUAAAAGAGGGUCAAAGGACCGCUCAAAUGACCCCCUACCUGCCUUUAAGGCUGAAAAGAAUGCGAGCCGCAGAGCAGCGAUAGUUAAGACCGGACCGAGAAUUCAAACUAUUUCUAAACAUCAUACACGUCUAUCUUACAUUGUUCUCAAACGUGGUCUAUUCGUUUUAGCAUCAUACUUACCCGAUGGUAGAGCGCUCGAGGAAGAGAUCGCUAAUGCUAAGGCCCGCAGUGCAAAAGAGAGCGUCAGCCCUUUCUCCACGAGCAGUUGGCAGCCAGCAGCAAUGGUAGCACUAGCGUAUGCGGUGCUGAGAAUAGAACUUCGUGGUCGUCAAGGCCUGAAAUUGUCGUGCAUGGUCCGCAGCGCGAGGAGCCUAUCCACGGACGCUUCUCCGUUAGAGCAAAAGUGUCCUCGAGGGCAUGCAUAUAAUACCGACUGUCUCUCACGAAUGCCCAGAGCAAUUGCCUCCCAGAGUUUAGAAUGUCGACUUCCUCGUAGGAUACAGCUUCCUACACGCAUCUUCCCCCGUCGAACUGUUCUCUGCCCAGUAGGGAAUGCUCAAAGCAAAUAUCUCCCAGAUCGUGUAGGUGCCAACUGCCUCGUAGAACAUAAGCCCUCUAUACGCAUCUUCCUUCGCCCAGCCGUUCCUUACCCAAAUACGGAGAACAUAUCUUUUCCGUUCCAUCAUUUCCCACGGCCUUCCAUCAAUACAUCUCCUCCGUCGAAGAAACAAUUGUCCAUCCAACCACGAGCGCCGAAAACAUUCGUCUCUUCGAGUCAACAAGUCUCCGUAAAUACUCUCUGGAAUGCUUCGCAGGAUAUAGAGGUUCUUCGAGAAGAGGUGGAGCAAGGUCGCGCCUUCUAUACGGCUGGAGCUGUGGCGAGAAGGGCUUAUGCUGUGCUAGCUAGAGACGGGGAUUCUCACGCUAUUUACAUAGAAGGCCAUUGCCGGAAAUCUAAGAUGUACGGAAUACCUAGAGCCUCGGUCUAUCUGCGCGUUGCAUUUGCAGAUCUUAUCACCGGGCCGAGUAUUUUCCGUGCUCUAUCCGCCAUCGUAAUGAUGGUUCCUCUUCGCCAUGGGGUCAAGCCCGAGACCGAGACCGCCGCCGGAUAUUGA